UCGGGACCUCCCUCCCUACCUACCUAGCGUACCUACCUACAUACAACAAAGUACUCACAGCCAAUGAAUAAAUGAAUGAAUGACCAGGGACCAAGUGUGGCUGGCCCAUUGAGAGUUGUGCCCAUAGAAUUGUUCCCCCGGUGUUGAAUAUGAUGGGCCUCAUGGGCCUGACGCGAUGGACCAGUCUGGCUCAACGAUGGGCUCCAUCCCUGGUGGCCACCCCAGUCUCCGGUUCGUCCUUGAACCUCUGGGCACCCCUAAGCACGCUUUCGUACGCUGGCGGGGAGGGCCCUGGCCGUGGCUGGCGGACGGGAAGUUCGCCCAUGAGUGGGGGGUUCCCCCUCUCAGUCCGGCACCUAAUGCAGGACUACCGCUUGAAUUUCGUGGUCAAACGUGCUCCGCCCCUCGGACCGCAUCGGAAACUGGCGCCCAAUCAAAGGGAUGGCCAAAGGAAAGGCGAACACGGCAACUAUAAACGCAUCAUUCAUUAUCCAGAGGAUGGGCAAUACACCAUCAAGAAGCUGCCCAUCACCAAACUGGGCGGGCGGGAUCCCGUCACGGGUCGGAAAGUCAUUCAACGUUUCGGCGGGGGAAGUAAGCAAAAGUACCGUUGGAUUGAUUGGCAGCGUUUGCCCGAAGGUUGGGAUCCCGAGGAGGAUUUUGUUGAGCGAGUCAUCAGCCUUAACUAUGACCCGUGUCGCGAUGCCCGCAUCAUGUUGACCGGACACGGUGAAAAAUUACGUUGGCAAAUUGCCACCACCACGGUUCAGGUCGGAGACCUUAUCACAGCCAAUGGUCGCAUUCCGCCCAACCCAAUUCGACCAAUUGAAGGCCAUUCCUACGCAUUGGGAGCGUUGCCGUCGGGUACCCCGGUUUGCUUGGUUCAAUGGGGUGUGGGGUCCAAAGAAGUUAAAAUCAUUGAAGGUGGUAUGUCUGGUAAGGUGUUGAGGAAAGUGGACAACAAGGUUGUCAUCAAGAGCUCCAACAGUUUUGACUAUGCUUUGCCCGAAUCAUGUCAAUGUGUGGUUGGAACGGUCAUGAAGGAGCCUUUGAAGGCCUUGGAAAUCGGGUCACCCAAUCGCGCUCGAUGGUUGGGUAUAAUGCCAAGCUCAGGAUUGUGGCACAGGAAAACGGGACAUUCCGGUCGCAAAAUACGAAAACCUCCCCCGGUGGAAGAAGUUCGACCCAAGCCACCACCAAAAAAUACAACGAUGCUGCUUCAUUGUCGAACUGAAGGGAUCCGAGGCGAGCCACGUGGUCGAAAGCGAAUAAUUAACGAACCCAAAUGGUGAAUGCCGCCCCUCGCCCUGCCGUUUAUCUCACUCAAUUCAGUUAAUAAUAAUAUAUUAGAAACCAUU